UUUUUGUUUUUUAACAGUAUGAUGUUUAAGGAAACACCGCGGUGCAAACUGCAAAUUGAUGAGUUACAGAAUCUGAGAUUUCAGUUCUCAAAUUCAUUACUUUAAAAUCUAUUUAUCGCCAUGAAUGAUUCAGCAACUCACCGACGGCUUCAAGUGAUUCAAAGUCAUUUUCUUCUUCAGUCUUCCACCUCAACCCCACUUCUCCGACUUCAUCAGACCGCCGGCGAAUUUUUCUUAGAGCAAGGUUACAGUGUUGUUCUUCCCGAAAAUUUGCAGACAGGGAAGUGGAAUGUGCUCAGAUCGGUUUGUUCACCUUUGGAGCUUGUGAGUAGAUUUCAUGAUCAUCCUGAAAUAGCAACACUGCAUGAUAACUUUGUGCAUGCUGUGGAGACAUAUGGGAGUAACAAAUAUCUCGGAACACGGGUUGGGGUAGAUGGAACAGUUGGGGAGUACCGGUGGACGACUUACAGGGAAGCAGGUAUUGCUCGCUUGGAAAUUGGUUCUGGUUUAGUGUAUCAUGGGAUACCAAAGGGUUCCUGUGUUGGACUAUAUUUUAACAACAGACCAGAGUGGCUACUAGUGGAUCAUGCAUGCUCUGCAUAUUCGUAUAUAUCAGUUCCUUUAUAUGAUACACUUGGUUCAGAUGCUGUAAAGUUCGUUGUCAAUCAAGCAGCUGUGCAAGUUAUCUUUUGUGUGCCACAGACAUUAAAAAAUUUGCUGAGCUUCUUGCCUGAAAUUCCGUCCGUUCAUCUAAUAGUGGUGGUUGGAGCCAGCGAUGAUCAAAUGGCAUCCCUUCCACUGCAAACAAAUGUUGAGAUCAUAACAUAUAGAAAACUGCAGAUUCAGGGUAACAAUUACCCGAAAUCAUUUUGUCCACCAAAACCAGAGGAUAUAGCUACCAUAUGCUAUACAAGUGGAACAACUGGGAUGCCAAAGGGCGCUGUACUUUCUCAUAAGAACUUAAUUGCCAAUGUUGCUGGCCAAAGUCUUCGAAUGACAUUCUACCCUUCAGACAUAUACAUAUCAUAUCUUCCUUUGGCACAUAUAUUUGAACGAGCUACCCAAAUCAUUUUAGCUUAUUAUGGAGUUGGAGUUGGAUUUUACCAGGGUGACAGUUUGAAAUUAAUGGAUGAUAUGGCAUAUCUAAGACCCACUAUAUUCUUUAGUGUUCCUCGAGUAUUUAACAGACUAUAUGCUGGCAUUAUGAAUGCUGUAAAGUCAUCUGGUGUUCUAAGGGAGAGACUAUUCAAUGCUGCCUAUAGUGCCAAGAAACAAGCAAUAUUAAGUGGCAAGUAUUCAUCUUCAAUAUGGGACAGUUUGAUCUUCAAUAAAAUAAAGGGAAUGGUUGGAGGACGAAUUCGUUAUAUGGUUUCAGCUGCCUCUCCAUUGUCUCCUGAUGUGUUAGAAUUUUUGAGAGUGUGCUUUGGUUGUGUUUUUAUAGAAGCUUAUGGGAUGACUGAGAAUUCUUGUGCCAUAAGCUUUAUGGACGAAGCUGACAAUUUAUAUGGGCAAUUGGGCUCUCCAAAUCCUGCUUGUGAAAUUAAGUUGGUAGAUAUUCCAGAAAUGGGCUAUAGAUCAGCAGAUCAGCCUCAUCCACGUGGCGAGAUCUGUGUAAGAGGGCCAACUGUGUUCCAGGGGUACUAUAAAGAUGAAGCACACACAAGAGAAAUGAUUGCGGAAGAUGGAUGGCUGUAUACAGGGGACAUCGGGGUAUGGUUACCUGAAGGUCGCUUAAAGAUAAUUGAUAGAAAGAAGAACAUCUUCAAAUUGGCACAGGGAGAAUAUGUUGCCCCUGAGAAAAUUGAGAGCAUAUAUGUCAACUGCAAGUUUGUUGCUCAGUGCUUUGUGCAUGGUGAUAGCCUGAAAUCCUCUUUGGUUGCCAUUGUCUCAUUGGACCAGGAUGUGCUUAAAGCAUGGGCUGCAGCUGAAGGCAUCAAGUAUGAAGAUUUAGGACAACUUUGCAAUGAUCCGAGAGCAAAGGCAGCCGUCCAGACCGACAUGAAUCUGGCGGCCAAGAAAGCUCAGCUAAGAGGUUUUGAAUGUGUGAAAGCUGUGACCUUGGUGGUUGAACCUUUCACUAUGGAGAAUGGUCUGCUCACUCCUACAUUUAAGAUCAAGAGACCUCAAGCCAAGGCAUACUUUUCCAAAGCAAUAGCGGAAAUGUACACAGAAAUAUCGAAGUCUCCAGAAAUGCAGCGAGUGUAAAGUGUAGCAAAAGAAUUUCAUGGGGUUUUCACCAAUUCUUCAAUAUAACAAUGGUCAGUGGGUAUUGGUUGUUGUCUUUAAGACCCCAUGGGAUUAGUCGAGGUGCGAACAAGUUGCCCUGGGUACUUACUCACAGUUAUGAAAAAAGGUGAAGUGGUUGUCCUUGUCCUUGGGGGUUAAAGUUGUCCUUUCAUUUGUAGAAAGGGACAAAAGAAACAUAUAAUCAAGAAGGCAGAUUUCCAUACAUAUCAUAAUGUAGAUACAACACAAGUUGGGGUUCUCAUAGAAAGAGACGCUUAACUCUUUAUGGUAGGGGUUAGGUUUGUGUAUAUCUCACCUCUCAGACCAUAUAUUCAAAUGGGAUUUACUGUGUAAAUUCGGUUUGGUUUAGUUGGGUUUCAUAACGUAGAUAAACGAAUUGUACCGUCAUAACUACUGACAAGUCGGUUUGGUUUGGUGUGCAUUUGUAACGUAAAUAAUUUAUUGUGUGGGUUUGGUUUGGUUUGGUUUGGUAUGGUAUUUAUAACAUGCAUACACUCAUUGUAUCAUGACUACUCGCAUGUAAUAAUGUAAACUGUUAUAGGAGUGUUUUGGGCUUAUUUGCU